AUGAAUUUUUUAAAUAAAUACAGUUCUUUAAAAAGAUCAUUUUCAACUUUUAACACAUCAAGAGUUGUUUUAAGAUCAAAUGCAUUAAAUAAUAAAAGAUAUUUUUCAACUGAGGAAACAAGAGGUGAUGAAGAUAUCCUCGAAGAUAUGAAUAUUAAAGGAGGAAGAAAUUUAAUUUUAGAAAAAAAUAUUGAAGAAAUUUCAAAAAAAAUUGCAGAUUUUUAUUCACCAAGAGUUGAAACUAUUUCAUUAGAAUCAGUUGAAAGCAAACAAGUUUCACCACUCGAUAAAUGUAUUUCAUUAAAUAAUAAAGCUACAGAAUUAAUUUCUCAAGGUAAACUUCUCGAUGCACAAUCAGUUUUAAUUAGCGGUAUUUCACUUUAUGAACGUAAAUGUUUUGAUACUCUUGGUGAAAAUGGUAUUAAAUCAAAACAACUCUAUGGUUAUUUACUUUCAAAUCUUGGUUAUGUUUAUCACAUCGAAUCUAAAUUCACCGAUGCCAUCAAAUCAUAUACCAAAUCAUUAAUUUAUUUAGAAGGAAACCAAGAUCAAGCAUUCUAUGCCCACACUCUUUUACUUUUAUCCGAACUUUUCUCUUUACUUGGUGAUAAUAAAAAAGCACUCGAAUCAUGUAAAUUAUCAAUCAAAAUUUUCGAAACUUUAGAUAAAAAAAUUUUAGAUGAAAGAUAUUAUUUCGCAUUAUUAAAUUUAUCAAGUUAUCUUUCAAUUGAAAAGAAAUAUGAAGAAGCUUUACCAUUAUGCAAAAAAGCAUUUGAACAAUUAGAAAUAACUUUAGGUAGAAACAAUGAUAUAGUUCAAUCUGCAGCAACCAAUCUUUCAAAACUCUAUAAUAAAUUAAAAAUGACUACUGAAUCUGAACAAUUAGAUUCACUUUUCGUUAACCCAUUAAAAUCAUCACUCCAAUUUAAAUUUAACCCACACUCAGAUUUAUCACAUAUCGAUAUGUCAGCAUUAAGAAAACAAUGGACUGAACAAGGUCAUCAAAAAAUUUUCGAUAUUGAUGGUUUUUAUAAAUCAUCUGCAACCUCCAAAAAAGAAUUUAAAUCAUUCAUUAAACAAUUAGAAAGCCAAGGUGUUAAAAUUGGUCCAGAAGCUGAAUCAAUCAUUAGACCUGAAUUAGAAUCUAUUUCAUAUUCACCAGAUGUCACCAAACAAUGGGAACCAAAAACUUAUAAAAUCACCAAAGAAGAAUAA